AAAGACUAAGCUAAAGGUGACGUAGCUGUUGUGCGACCGGAGAAAUGGCGAGCGGUAAGAAGAGUGCACUCCUCUCUUGUUUGGCGGACUAUGGAGACGAUUCAGAGCCAGAUUCUGAAACAGAGACUCAAGAAACAGAGGGCCAUGGAGUAGGUUUGGUGUCGGCUGCUUAUGGAGAGGAUGACAUUAGCCGGAUUGAGGAUGGCGAUGACAAGGAAUCUGGUGAUGAGGACAGUGGGGAGAGCUCCCCUAACUCGGACAUGGAAGAAUCUGAUGAGGGGGGAGUCACCGAUCGUUAUAAGGAAAUCUCUGAGGCAGAAAGGAGGGACCCCAACGAGCUGGUUGCUCUGUUCUCAGAGAAAGUGAGGAACAUGUCACCUGACAAGAUCCGGAUCCCUCCGGAACCGCCUGGACGCUGCUCCAGUCACCUACAGGAGAAGAUACAGAAGCUAUAUGAAAAGAAUCUACAUGGAGACUUUGACACAAACAACCACAUUCAGAAGAAGAAGGAGUUCAGGAAUCCUAGUAUUUAUGAGAAACUCAUCCAGUUCUGCGGCAUAGAUGAGCUGGGAACCAACUAUCCCAAAGACAUGUUUGAUCCUCAUGGCUGGUCAGAGGAGUCCUACUAUGAGGCACUUGCCAAAGCUCAGAAGGUAGAAAUGGAUAAACUGGAGAAAGCCAAGAAGGACAGGACGAAGGUGAGGGACACAGGCGUUUUUAUUGACUUGAAGAGGGGACCUGAGAUUGAGUUUGUGACCGGCACUAAGAAGGGAACCAACCCAACCAAUACAGCAGCUCCCACCACCAACACUGCCACCACCACAGAGGCUCAGAAGAGGAAGAGUAAGUGGGACUCUGCAGUGCCAGUGACCCUGGCCCAACCCGCCCUGCUCACUACCACGGCAACCCUUCCAGGGGUCGUUUCCGUGACGACCACUGCCAGUGGAACCAAGACCACGGUCAUCUCUGCUGUUGGCACCAUCCUGAAGAAAGCCAAGCAGUGAACCGGCUUGGCCAGGAAUUCUGUUCCCAUGGAGUCCAUGUGUUGGAGAGACCAGUGCCAGUGUUUCAUAUAGCUGUGUGACUGUAUUAGUAAUGCCAAGAAGAGACUAAAUCUAAAGACAAUAUGGACGUCACAUGAACAUUUUUAUAGCCACACAAAGACCUCUGCUUCUCUGCUGCCUCCUUUACCCAGAUGUAGUCCACACCCAGUUGAAGUUAUUCAUUGAGUUGUCUGUGUUUAUCAGCUAGACAUUGUUUCUUAUCUGAAGUCUAUCCAUUGGGAAAACCAUCUUAGCUACAAAAGUAAGUCAGUUAUGGCAUUGGUUACUAGGCUCAUGUCUGAACCUUGAACAGUUAGUUUGUUAAAUCCUCCAGGAAAGUGGUUUGUUCCAGUAUCAGUCUGCCUGUUAUUGUACAAUAUAUAUUUGUAUUAUCAGGGGAGUCUACAAUAUAAUUUUUAGGCACUGUAUAUGGUGUAUCUGUGCUGUUUCCUGGGCUGUAUGUUUUAUAUUGUCUAUAGUUUUAAGGCUGAGGAUGAAUACUAUGUACAUUUGCAUCAGUGUUUCUUCAUAAAAAUGUUAAUGGCCUGUUCAAACUGGUUUGGUUAGCUUUUUUUGUUUUUUUUACACAAAUGUACAUAUCUAUAGCUAAUGAUUGUAAGGUAAAUAAAUCAAGCAUCAUACUACCUUUUGAAUCUGUGUGGUCUUGGGUUUAAUCCAAACUGUUUUCUAUAAAAACACAAAAUGAAA